AUGGUAAAGAAAAAUGACUACAUGACUGCCGGAUUGACGGAUCGCAGCGACGCGCCACUUAACCCAGAAAAUGGCAGGGAAAAAGGGCAGAGAAAAAAGACGAUCGGGGAAAGAGUGAAGGGCACGAUUUUUGGAUUGAUUCCAAUUCUCCACUGGUUACCAAAUUACCCAUGGAAAGAAUGGAUUCACGGCGACGUGAUCGCUGGUUUGACUGUCGGCAUCAUGCACGUGCCUCAAGGUAUGGCUUACGCCUCGCUAGCCUCAGUGCCGCCAGUUGUCGGUAUGUAUUCCUCUUUCUUCACGGCUUUCGUCUACAUGUUUUUCGGCACAGCUAGACAUAUCUCAAUUGGAGUCUUUGCGGUGGCUUCAAUGAUGGUGGGCGCAUGUCGGAUGCGUUUAACACCGAACCGGGAUGAGUUUGGUAGAGUGAUCAAUGGAACAGAACCCGGUUCUCUAGGCGAUGUGGGGCCACUUGAGUUGACGAGCGCUUUAGCGAUGGGUGUUGGCAUUACGCAGCUUGCUAUGGGCGUCUUUCGGCUGGGUUUCUUGACAACCUACCUCUCGGAUCCGCUUGUUUCCGGCUUCACAACUGGCUCAGCGGCUCAUGUUUUCAUGUCUCAAUUGAACAAGGUCUUUGGUGUGAAACUGCCUCGACACGAGGGAAUCGGCAUGUUGGUGUUUAUGAUGAAAGACAUUGUUCUAUCGCUUCCAAAAACGAACUUCGUCGUGUUCGGCAUCUCGAUUUUCGGUCUCGUCUUUUUGCAUAUCGGGCGAGAGUUCGUGAAUCCGUGGGUGAAGAAAUUCUCGAAGAUCCCGGUGCCGUUGGAGUUGAUAUUGGUGAUUAUCGCUGUUGUCGCCUCGUGGGCGAUGGGAUUGGCUCCGAAUUAUCACGUGAAAAUCGUUGACAACAUUCCCAGGGGUUUCCCGGCUCCAACGAUUCCCCGGCUCGAUCUGCUGCCACAUUUGGUUGGAGACGCGGUGCCGAUUGCCAUCGUUUGCUAUAUGUUCGUCGUUUCGAUGGGGAAACUCUUUGCCAAGAAGCACAAGUACACAAUCGACUCAACACAGGAAUUCAUCGCCACCGGUCUCAUGCACACAUUCGCCUCGUUGUUCCCCGUUUACCCAGUUGGAGCCUCGUUGUCUCGAUCAGCCGUUUGCGAAAUGUCAGGAGCGCAUACUAUGCUCUACGUUGUCUUCUCGUCAACUCUUCUUCUCACUGUGAUCCUUUUUCUUGGACCUUUCUUGGAACCACUUCCAAUGUGCAUCCUAGCGUGCAUUGUGAUCAUUUCUUUAAAGAGUCUCUUUGAACAAGCAAAGAUUUUACCGUAUCUCUGGAAAGUUUCAAGACUGGAUUUCGCGGUUUGGUUGAUUUCCUGCCUGGCGACAACAUUUACUGAUGUGACAACGGGAUUGAUUAUUUCCAUCGUUUUCACGCUUAUGACUGUCGUGCUGCGAGAGCAGUGGCCAAAGCAUGCCUCCGAAAAGCCAGCUCCGAAUGGUCAUUCAUCUCAUUCCAUUCCGAUCGACGAUUGCUCCGACGACAUUCGCGUCUACCACUUCCAAUGCCCACUCCAUUUCGUCAACGUCACCAUUUUCACCGAUGCCGUCAACGAUUUGGUGGCCGAUGAAGAGGUUCAUUCGGUGAUCGUCGAUUGCUCGAUGAUCGCCUACACGGAUUCGAUGGGAUUGGAUGCAUUUAAAGAUCUUUAUCAAGACGCCGAAAAAAUCGGCAAAAACGUCUACUAUGCGGCGUUGAAUGAAUCAAUCAUUUCCAUUCUGAAAUCAGUGGAUUUCUUCAAAAAAGUGCCCGAAGAUCAUUUCACUUCCACCACCCAGCAAGCAAUUGAAGUGAUCUUGGCAAAGAAGAAGCUCGUCAACUCGCCAAAGUUGAGCAUCAGUAAU